AAAUGACAGAAUAGAUAUAUGUAUUUAUAAAUCGUAAAAGCUAUUUGAUGAUUUUAUAUUCAUGUAAAUAAAUAUUAUUGCUAAUAAAAUCUAGUCCUAAAAUGGGUAAGUAUUCAAGUGACUCAGAAAAUGAAAAACGUACAAGUAAGAGCUCAAGCAAAACUAAAAGCAGACGUAGGUAAGAAAGAAAAAGUGCUUGUUGAGAAGCUAACAUUAGCCUUAAAUUCAAAAUGCAGAGUUACUACUGUUCGUAGAUCCUUAUCUUCAGAUUCGAGCAGUACUAAAAGUAGAAGAAAACGAAACGAUAAAAAAUCUAGCCGCAGAUCGAGAAGUCGAAGCCGAGAUAGAUCAAGGGAUAGGUAUUCAAGGUCUAGACGUUCUAGAAGCAGCAGUAGUUCUAUUUAUAAAUCCUCCAAAUCGAGAUCAUAUCGAUCUAGCUCUAGGGAUAGGCACAGUGAGCGAUAUCGUAGAUCUAGAACUAGAUCCAGAGAUAGAUACAGAUCAAGAAGAUCAAGAUCUAAAUCUUAUAUAAGAGAAUACGUGAAUAAACCCAGAAAGAGAUCUACUUCGAGUUCCAGUUCUAGCAGUGGUGAUAAUAUUAAAAGAGAAUCUUCCAAACAGGUACCGAGAAAGAAAAAAGAAGAAAACUCAUCAAAAGACAGUGUAGUUAAAGGUAUUAAAAGUGAAAAAGCAAAUUCACCGGAUUGUGUUGUCAUAGACAGUGAAGUUUUAGAAGAAAUUAAUGAAAACAGUUUCACCCCUAAACAGUUUACUUCGAACAAAUCUAAGAAAGUUCCUGAAAAUAUUGUCAUCGACUUGAAGAAAAAUACCAUCAAGGUACCUGAAGUUGAACAAUUGGAACCCGACAGCAUAUUCCAUCACAAUUUAUUUUUAAGUGAAGAGGCUCGAAUGGAAAAGUGGGUUAGGGAAUUGUAUUCGUUUCGACAGAAAGCGCUACAGCAAGGAAUGAAAAAUGACUGCUAAAAAGAGAAUGGCAAAAUCCUAUUACAUAUUUUUUUUAUUUCUACCUAUCAUCCUGAGUGUAAUAUUUUUAGCGAUUAAACAAAAAACAGUGUUAGAAUUAUGUGAGAUAAACAAGUGUCCGUUUUGUUAUGGGAAAACUAUGUGUAGGGAAAUAACGAAAAAUAAAAUUAGUUUGCAGUAUAAUCGCGUUUCGGAUUUCGUUUAUAACAUAUUCAGCGUUAAGAACGUUUAUUUCGCCAAAUAUAAAAAUAAACCGGUGGUUUUGAAAAAGUUGGCCCACAACAACGAACUCAACAAAUUCGAUAAGGAUAUCAAAGAUAAAAUUAUCAAUUACAAAGAGUUAAAAGACAAUUUGAAAUUUAAAUUAACGGGUUCCGACGAAAAAUUGACUUUUCCUCCGUUUCAUAUAUGCGACAAUGAAACUUUCGAUAUAUUUUUCGAUAAAUUAAACGACACGAAUAUUAGAACUGUUUAUACUAUUUUGAGCAUAAACGCAGAACCGAUUUUACUGGAAAUGUUUGAUAAAAACAAACAUUUUCCAGUACCGAAAUUUUACGGCUCCUGCGGGAGACUUAUAGUACAAGAAAAUUUCGGAAAAUCCGUAAAUAACAUAGAAAAAUAUUCCUGGUAUAAACGAGCUUUAGUAGCUUAUAGAAUCCUACGAGGCGUACAAAAUUUCACGGAAAAUCACAACGAAUUUCGACUUUAUUUAACCGAUAUUUCUCCUGAUAACGUCGUAAUCGAUGAAAAUCUCGACGUUAGUAUUAUCGAUAUGGAAAACGCCAUUUUGAAGAGAAAAACCGGAAAAACUGAAAUCGUACAUCAUACCAAUCACGAUAUUGACGAAUACGCUUUCGAUCCUAAGGCAAUUUGCGAAUCUGACAUCAGCGAUCACAACAUUUACGCAGUUUGUAGAGUAAGUAUCAAGCAAUAAAAAAUUUCUACGAAAUUUAUAAUACGAAGCUUGACAACGGUGUAACUUUCACCGGUAAUAAAUAUGAGCUGUCAACUAUAUACCACGUUGCCAAGCGUAACUCUACUUUUAUCUCAAUAUUUUCUAGUUGUUGUUAUCGAAGAACGCGAUGUUUCCGAUGAUGGAAGGAGGACUAUUACAUAAUCCCCCUAAAGAAAUUAUGAACAGAUAUUGGAGACUCUUCGAAUCGAUAGAAUUAUGCGUACGUUCUACUACUGACGAUUUAAAUAGAUUCGAUUUGAGUACGAAAAUAUUGAACAAACUUCACGGCAUUUUGAGAUACGCCAAAGCCAAACAAUUAAUUUAACAAUGCCGAAAUUUUUGUUUAAUAUUCACAAAAAACUUGUAUAAUCAUUAUUUACAUUAAUCAUUUUGAUUUUCCUUGUAUAAUAUUCAAUUCAAAUCCUUUUCGAAUAUGGAAAAAUAAUGUCUUAGUAACAUUUUGUGCUGAAUAAAUUUUUAUUAUAAA